GAGCAACAAUACGCGUGAUCAACUGUUUUCUAUUCAGCCUUUCAUUCUUCCCUUUGGAUCCAUUAUACCGCAGGAAAUGGGCCAUGAAGACGAGGCGAUUCUACUUUUAGUUACUCCGGCAUGCGGCACAGCACAUAUUUGAGUCAGCGGUGUUUGUCCGGCACCUGCGUCAUGCCUUCGCUUUUUCCCUCGAACAAGAGUCGUUUUUACUUCUCAUUCUCUGUUUCUUAAAUUCUCUCGUAUCUUUGAUGAGUUGAGCAAGGUCUUUUUCUCUCAAAUAGUACUGAAUUUCACAUCACCAUUUUCCCCCAAUCCUACUACCCGCCUCAUCGCAGAACCAACACAAUGGCUUCAAUCAUCUUUGAAGAAGGAUAUCCUGGUCCCAAAGCUCGGAACUCUCUGCACAGCAAGCCUCAGCUUCUUAUCAACAUGCUCGAUGGCAUGGCGAGAGUACGCCCGGCAGUCCUGUUUGGGGAGUAUCCUGUAUCUCUUGUCGGUUUUGACAAAGGGUAUCGGAAGAUCACCUAUGGUCAGUUAGGAAAUGCUGUGAAUGGUGCGGCUUGGUGGCUGACGGAGAAACUGGGACCGGGAAAGGACUUUCAGACACUCUGCUAUAUGGGUUGGAAUGAUUUCCGAUACGCUGUUUUUAUUUUGGGUGCUGUGAAGGCAGGCUACAAGUUACUUCUUACUUCGUCACGAAACACCCCCGAAGCUACAAAAAGUCUUUUCAAGGCCACAGGUUGCCAAGUACUGCUGACUACCGAUCCAAAACCACCAACUGUUGCACCGGUAGUACAAAUACAUGAUCAUCUACAGGUUCUCAGCGUGCCUUCCAUCGAAGAGCUACUAAAUUCUACUUACGAACACUUCCCCUAUGACAAAACUUUUGAAAGUGCCAAAAGAGAACCAUUGGUAGCCCUUCAUACUUCGGGAACAACAGGUCUUCCGAAGCCAAUAAUCUAUACUCAUGACUUUGCAGCUGCUUACAUGAAAGCAAUACAAAUAGAGCCACCGGAAGGGUUUGAGUCGAUGGAGAGAAAGAGCGAGGGUGGAAGAGUCUUUGCUCUUACCGCUCCAUUUCACACUUCAUUCGUUUGUAUAAUGAUUGCAGCAAUAGCAGGUCAAACAGCUUACGUCUUUCCACCCGCUGCAACCAUUCCAACAGCGGCCCUUGCAGCCGAGGGGCUCAAAUAUACGAGCGAUGUAACUGGAAUUCUUGGUGGGCCCUCACUAGUAGCCGAGUGUGCCAGAAGCCCAGAGCUUCUUGACUCGCUAGCGAGCCAUGUCAGUUUAAUGUGCUAUGGAGGUGGUGACGUAGCACAGUCAUUGGGAGAUGCUGUAGUUACCAAGCUCGACUUGUAUACAUCUCACGGAUCCACUGAGUCGGUAAGCUACCCCUUGAUUCGAAAAAUUGGAGACUGGGAUCCCAAGGACUGGAAAUACUUCCAAGCCCAUCCUGCAGCAGGUCUACAGUUCCGGAAAUACAACGACAACCUGUAUGAAGCGUAUAUUGUGCGCAAUCCCAAACCUGAAGAUGAGCAACCAGUUUUCAAACUCUUUCCCGAUCUCACGGAGUUUGCCACUCGUGAUUUGUACUCACCUCAUCCGACUAAGCCGGAUCUCUGGACUUACAAAGCGAGAUCAGAUGAUAUGAUUGUUCUUGCAAAUACAAUGAUUGCCAACCCCAGCAUUAUUGAACAUGCGGUUAUCGAAUGUCCAGAUAUUACAGAUGCUGUCGUGGUUCCUGUCCAGAAAAUUGGGGUUGAAAAUUAUACCACAGGCAUCGCUCUUUUAGUUGAACUUGCUUCAAGAGAAUCGACGUCCGAAGAACGGCAGAAGGACUUGAUUGAUAAAAUUUGGCCGAUUGUUGAGAGAACAAACGUUUAUUACCGGACUGAUGCGUUUCUCGCAAAGGAUCGAAUUUUGUUCGUGGAUCCACAGAAGCCGUUAGCUAGGACUGGAAAGGGAACUGUGAAUAGAGCAAAGAUCCUAGUUGAUUACAGGGAGGAGAUUGAUAGGCUUAUGUAGUUCUCUUCUCUAUUUUUCCAUAUAUUGGUUUUAUCCGUUGUGGUUGUGUUCUUCGAUUUAAAGCUUGCGUGAUUCUAAUAUUUUAAGGCCA